ACUUAUGCUUGGUUCGUGCUCACAGUUAGCCCUCGAACUCAGACUUCGCACUCCGGACUUAGAAGCAGAUCAUUCCUUGCAGGUUUGUCGGAGGUAGCUGGAGGACCACCUUGUUUCCAUACGGAUCUGAACUCCUUCCCAUCAGGUACAGAAUAAUCUCCAUCACGCAAUACCAAUUCUGAAGAGCUGCCAGUUAUGUCGCUUACAAAUUUCUGCAGAAACAGGUGGGCGACUCCGCUGAUCACUAAGAAUGAAAAUUGAACGGGGCCAAGCUGCUUUAAUCACAGGUGCUGGGAGUGGAAUCGGAAGAGCCCUGGCAGUCGGUCUGGCAGGUAGAGGAGUGCGGAUAACAUUGGUCGAUCUGAGGGCCACGCAAAGUGAGGAGACUAUCCGUUUGGUAGAAGAGGAGCAUGCAAAGAUUUCCUACAAGCCCAACUCUCCGUCGGCAAUUUUCAUCCAGUGUGAUGUUACCAAGACUGAUGACGUGGCUGCUGCCUUCGCCCGCCACCAAGAUGUCUUCGGACAGCUCGACAUUUGUAUCAACAACGCCGGAAUCGUCAGCGAGGAGCCCUUUCCCGAGACCAAUCCAAACAUCUGGCGCAAAGUGAUUGAGGUCAAUCUCAUGGCUGUAAUAGAUGGCACGAUUAAAGCGAUACAAGCGAUGAAAGAGCGAGGAGGAAUGAUCCUGAACACAGCAUCAGCAGCAGGCUUCUUGCCAUUACCCUUUCAACCUAUUUACAGUGCAAGCAAAGGUGGCGUACUCAUGUUCACAAUGUCGCUAACUAAUUUGGAGAUGGACAUUCGGGUGAACUCGCUGUGUCCCGAGUUUGUGGAGACACCGCUUCUCCAACCAUUGCCAUCUAGCGCAAUGGCCGAUCUACGCGACAAAGUGGGGUUUGUCCCCAUGGAGAAAGUAGUCGCAGCUGCGCUCUCCACUCUAGACGAUGAAACCAAGGCUGGGCAAUGCGUCUGGGUGCCGACAACACUACCUACGCAAACAUAUCCUGACGAAGAAACAGACCGGAAGUAUCAGUUUUUCAUGAAAGAUGGGUCACCUUACCCACCAUUCACACACCAGUAGUAACAACAUCAAGAACGACAACAGAAUAUUGCUGCUCGGACAAUGCCAUUGAACACUGUUGCAAAAGUUAGAUCCAGCAUGUGGUUCUGAAGCCACACGCUCGCAACCUUAUCUUAUUAUCGUUGUUCCUUCGAUGGUUUUCAUGUGACAGGGCAUUAGCUUAGUCUUUGAAGUGGUUUUCACAAAAUCUAAAAAGUUUUGAUUGCUAGACAUCUCUUUUUGUUGAUUGCUUUUUGUCAUUCUAAUGAAAGCUCCUGUCGAAUAGAAUCUUUGGAGCCUUGGCAAGUCAAGUAUGGUGUCUUCCUUGUGUUUCUGAUUCGGUUGAAUAAAACAUGAUCUUCGAAAACUGUUCUUAUUC